CCGUUUCUGCUCUGUAAUAUAAAACUCUGAAGUAAACGAAUAGGACUUUCAGUUGAUCAUUCGUACUUUUGAGACACGAAUCCGUUCAUAGAAAUGACGCACAGCUAUUUUCUUCUUCAGGUCUCCCUCGUGCUGACAGUUGGAUGGAUCAUUGGUUCCGCAAAUGGAAGAGCCAUUCAAGUGUUGGAAAAUAUUCCUGGAUUUAUUCCAGUGUACAUAAGACAUGGGAAUGAACCCCUGGAGGACAUAAAUCCGGCAUUGGCUGAAGCCUUCCGUGAGAAAAAAAAUACCAUGAAUGUGAUUCCUUUGGAGGCACACCACGUUCCGAAAAUUGAUGACAGAAUCCCGGUGAAUAUUCUCCUGCCAAUACCUCACGCAGACUUGACUAAAAAAAAGCGCGAGAUCCUCCGUUCAACAGUGCAAUAAUAAUGAGGGAGAAAGAAAAGAAAGAAGCAGUGACGUAGCUCCAAAAGAUCUUCGAGGACACGACCGUGAGGUUCAAAUCAUCCGUCAUCUCCUGUACCUACCAGGUGGGAAUCAAGUGAAUGUCAGACUGAAGCCGCUUUUUAUGAUAACCAGUGUUUUUUCACAUAUUCAAAUUGAACUUUUUCAUAUAGUUCUAAUAGUUUAAGAUAUACAGGCACACUCCACUAUUUGAAUUAUUUCCCGUUUAGAGCCUCUGCGUGUUCUGUAACAAAAUUAAUAUUAGGGCCAUCCCACUAGAUUCCCCAGUAUCAACCCGACAUUGAUUAUCGUAACAGGGAAAUACUCCAGCGAACUACUGAGCUGGCAAAAAAAAUUUGUUUUGGCUCGAGUAAAACUUGUUUUAGAACUCCAUCAUUUUUUCCCCAUUGUAGCGUCAUAUACUAUUAAACUGAAGUAUCCAUUAAUCAUGUUGUAUAUUUUUUAAAACGGAUUCAUGGUCACGAUUAUUUCUCAAUAAAUUUUAUUCGAUCUUCUAUUAAA